AUGAUUUUUCAGAAGAAAUACGUAACAGUAGCGGCAUUUAUUUUUAGAUUUUCACGGACAACACCGCAGCAGACCGAGGAGAAUUUUUGCUCCGGAGAAGUUAUUCCACCGUAUCGGCAUUUGACGUUUCGGCGCUAUCCAAAAUCGCAUUACGAGGAGAAUCAGUUGCGUCCAAGCCGAUCCCAUGAAAGUUUACUUUCAUAUUCGGGAGCUACGCACAUGAUUGAUUUAGGUGGAAACGAAGCUCGUGUACAUCCAAUUCAUCGGUCGGUUCUCGGUAUGCCAAAUUGCUUCAGAUUGGAAAAUACUUACUAUGCGUGCCGUAAUCCUGGAGAACGGAAUAAAUGGAUUGAAAGGUUGGUACUUUCA